CUCGUAUACAUUCACCUUUACGGCUUUACGCACGACAUUCCCUUUGCUUUUUGAUAGAGAAUUUACAAGUUGUUCAAAGAAUGAGUCAGUUCAGCCAAAACCAGUCUGCAGGAGCUUAUCAAACUCCACCAGUUACUACCGGUCCCUACGUUGCACCGGCUCCUGCUGGUUACCCAACGAACGACACAAGUCAUGCUACGAUGGCUCCCGUCGAGACGAAAUCUAAGGGUGAUGGAUUCUGGAAAGGCUGUUUUGCCGCCAUGUGUUGCUGUUGUGUCCUCGACGCCUGCUUCUGAUUUUUGGGAGGAGUUUAAUGGUCUUAUUUGCCGUUAUUUGUACGAAUGAUUUAUAUUGUUUUGUAUUUUAUUAGUUUAUUAUGAUAUUUGGAUCUUCUUCCUCUUUGUUAACUCAAUUAGUUAAUGUUUUGAUUUGUAUUGUUGAAUUUAUCUUUUAAAUUUUUAUAAAAUAAAUUUUCUUUUCAC